AUACAUACGUGUCAAAGUACAAACUUCCCGCGAUCGAUUGCGCGAGGACGCCCGCUGCUCAGAAUGACGUGACGUUCUUCUACCAGGACGCAUCGCCCAUCUUCGACUUCGACAACCGCCUUACACAUAUCCUUCAACACAGGAACUCGCUGCUCUCAGGUUCACCGCAGUGGAAGGAUCUGUCAGACUAUAUCUUCUCGUUCAACAUCCAGAACGAGGGACAGGGACAUUUGCGCAACAACAUUGCGCCUGCACCAGAAUGGUGGUGCAAUCGAAGCAAGAAGAUGCGAAGCAUCAUGGGCAGCAGCGCCAUUCUUAUCUCGACAGGCGGCGGAAACGAAUUCCCCAAUUCCGACAUCUCCGAGAACUGGAACUGCGCCACCCUCGAUCUCGUCGACAUCCACUCUUACAGCGGCGUAUCCGAAUGGCGCAACAAAGCGCCGAUCGCACUGCAGCACGCCCAAGCUGCCAAGAAGCUCGUGCUGUUCGAGGAGUUCGGUGCGUCUGGUUCCAACAAGGCGAGCGUGGUGGGUCAGCAUAUCGACAUUUUCAAUGGGCUCAAGGUACCGUGGAUGAUUUGGCAGAUCAACAAGCCGGGCAAAGGUGCUGCGGACUUUGAGUUCUGGACGAAUGAGGAUACGUUUGGAGUAGUGAAGCAGGGAUCGGCAAAGGCAUUGAGCAUUUCGGCGGCUCAGACGUUUCCCAACCUCGCAUGA